AUGGGAGGUGCACAAUCUAAUCUGCCUCCUCGUCCUUUAGGUUUUGAAUAUUUCUGUAUUGCUAUUCGAUCGUCAGACAAAGUUCGCGUUAUCCUUGGAACGGAUUACGAAGUCAAUAUUAUUCGACAGGCCAUACAAGAAUCAUGGCCGCCCGGUAUACAAAACGAAUCUUUCCAACUCAAUGGUGUACACGAAUUCAAACUGAACGGACGCCCAUUUUUGCUGAACAUUUCCUUCGGCGAUGCUGUCAUGUCCAGGAGAAUGGCGGGGAAUAUUUUGCACGGACUGCACCGGGUUGGGUGGAGGCUGAUUAUGUCCAGCGACUUAACUAGGACAACAGAAUUGACCACUUGGGUAUUCAAGAAAGUUCCCGUGGCAGUGGUAUCGUCUUACCCAUUUAUGGUAGUGGGAUUGAGCAGUACUGACAGUUUUAUGAUUCUGAAUGCACCGACUCAACUGCACCAAACAUUCAAGGACGUAAUCGGGAAAUCUUGGUCCCCGGGGAUACAGAAUUGGUCCCUUGAGAAUGGUGUAUUGUUGAUCAAAUUGAGAGGUACCCCCUGGCGACCAGAUGGUGAGGAAACCGUGAAUUCGAGAGUCCUUUUGCAAACCCUUGUGAAUGAUCUUCUCCUAAAACAAUGGAAUUUAUAUGGUAAUUCUAAUCUCAAAAGCAACACCAACACGCUGUUCUUUGAACAUGAUCCCAACAUCAUGCUUGGGCAAUAUUCUGUCAAUCAUUUCAUCAUAAGCCUCAACAAACAUGACACCCUAAGGCUGAUAGGCGUUCCAGACAACUUGAACUUUGCCAUCCGUGACACUAUCCAGACCAGCUGGUUAAGAGGAAUCCAAGGUGAAUCGCGUUACUUUGGCAGCUGGGAGUUCAAACUAAGAGGGAACCCAUGGUGGGCUUCAGGAGAAGAGGCAGUAGACUCCAGGUAUCUGAUAUUAAAGAUGAUUGAAACCCUACAGGCUUAUGGAUGGAGCAUCAUUGCAAGUAUUGCCAGCUCAAGGAAACUGUCAGAUAAAAGCGCCUUGCUUUUCAGACAGUCACAACCAAGACAGAUGCCAGUUUUCUGUCUGAGUUUGAAUGAGACCGACAAGCUGCGGCUGAUUAAUGCACCAGAGGAUAUCACCAAGGUAAAAAAAGUGAAAAACAAAAAGAGUAAAACCUGUAUAGAUUGUUUUCAUGUCUGUCACGCAACAAAAAAAUAAAUUGUAAACCGUCCAGUGGAAGAAGCCAAGAAAAAGAAAUGUUAUAAAAGACUAAUAUAUAAACAAAAUUAUUUGUCCAAGUCUCAGGUCUUUGUGGCCUACAGUUUCUGAGUAAUUUGCCAAAACAUUUCACGCACCUUUGUAGAUCUUUGUCUGGAGACGCCAUAUUGGUGUACAGAUUUGGUGCACCAAUAUAGCCGCCGCAAAUCAACAAAAACAUCCAAAGUUCACUUUUUCUACAAAAGCUCUUUCUUUUCCCUCGAGAACUAGCAUACGUGCGCAUAAACAUGUCUUCUAAUACUUGAAAUGGUUAUACUGCUGAAAAUCAAGAGGAGAGACUUUUUUUCAGUGAGACAGCAUUCCUAUUUUGGUGUCACACACUGUGAAAACUCGGAAGUUCAAAUUGCCAUAUUUUCGAAAUGAAACAUGCUACGAGAAUGGAAACUUGUCCAAAGAUUUUUUUGUUUGCCUUCAACCUAGUGUAAAUAAGAAUUUGUAAAACUUUGCUAUUUUGACUUUACAAUUUGAUGAAGUCACUGUGAAAACCAUACAUUACAGUGAAACCAUAUGUUCUUUUGAGCACCACUUAGUGAUACUGUCAACUAACUAUUAUUAACCCCCCACCCCCCCUUCUAAUGCAAGGUUGAUGUUUUGAUUGGCAGUUUGCUCAGAGCUAAUUGAAAGUUCAAAUUGCACCUCAUCUCAGAAUAUUGCAGAUGGAUUUUCAGCCUGCAUUUACCCGAGAGUGUCACUAAGCAGAUACUUACACGUGGGUGUUUUAUUGUAGUUAUCUUAGGUCACUUCAGUGCCUUGAUAAUAUUAGUGAGCAGGCUAAGCCUGGUAGAAUUAUUUCUGUACACUUAUAUUUGUUGGAAUGGUGCAUUGUAAUUCAAGGAAAUAUACCAGCAAUAUUUUCUAUCAACAGCAAAUAUAUGCAUGUUUGAAAUACGUUUUUUGAGUAGAACGUAUUUCGUAGAGCGCUUGACUCAAUUGAUUGAGGAGCAUCAGCUAUAACUUCACAGAAGUUCAGAUUGGCAGCCUUCCAAUUCCAACAGUUCAGUCAUCAAAGUUGCCUAAUGAGUAUGGUCCUUGCACCAUACGAAACAGUUCUGUAGCAAUAAAACGAUGAUUACUUGUGAAACAUGUUUGAAAUAUAUUUUUUUACAGUUUAUUUUCUAGGCCUAGACUCUCAUUUUUUUACAUCUCCAAACAUGGAAUAAUACUUUAUUCUUUUUUCAAACUAUUUUUCAGGUAUGCCAAAAUGUAAUUCAAAGCCAGUAUGUUCUUGGAGUUCAGAGAGUACAGCGUUAUGGCAACAGCCUUGAGUUCAAACUUCUUGGUAACCCAUGGAACUGUGGCAUAGACGGUCAUGAUGGACUUCAUGGCAGAAGUCUGAUAUGCCAUUUAAUUAAUGCUCUGGCAAGCAGCAGUUGGAGGCCGGUCACUUCAGCAGAUGUGUCGGCGAAAUAUGUCCAUCAGGAUAAGGGUGCUGAUUAUCCCAUUGAUGUUGACAGUAUAUUCUUUGCACAUGACCCCACACCCGUUCAGCCAUCAGCACCGCCUCCAAUGCCUCAUUUUCAGUCAUAUUCCCAACCUUAUGGUCCCCCACCAUCUUAUGGCUCUGUGCAGUAUGGUAACCCUCCUCCGUAUGAUCCACCAGCCUAUGGAGGAUUUGCUAUGCAGUAGUAAGGCUUAAACCCUUUACAUGU